AUGGCCUCCUCUCGGAAGAGUCAUACGGUAUCGGGACAAGUCAAAGACAUGAAUGCCACUGCAGUCGACAAGAAGAUAGCGACAUCAUCCGCCACCUCUUUUCUGGUGUUCGGUCGCUCCCCUUGCUGCGCCAAUUAUCUACGCUUUCCAUUUACGUUACCGCUGAUCCGUUUCUACGACCCUGGUGCGCACGUCUUGGCCGUGAGACUCGAAAUAACGUAUAAAGACACCCCUUUCCCCUUCGCCAUCACCCCGUUCCCCUUUUCUCUCCUACAACCAUCACCUCAAGUAAAACCUGAACGUAUGUACUCGCCAUCCAUUGUCUUCUACCUCUCUCUCGACUAUUGGCUCGUCGUCUGCCACACUCCUCGCAGUGCAUGCUCGACGUUGAAGUCGUACAUUGGCGUUCGCUUUGAUCAGGAUGCUGACAUGCUAUCUGUCUUUUAUGUCUCCUCUCCUGACCUGAUACAUGGCUCGUUUCGACGAUGA